GUGACAAGUGUUGGGCGGGAAGGAGAGAUUCACCAUAAACCCCGCCUCCAGGGAAAUGGAAAAAUGUAGUUUUGAUCAAUUAGAUGACACGGGUGACAUAAAGUCCAACUGGCACCAUUUCCUCAUCAUAAAGUGUGAGAACAAACUUAGUUUGGUCAUGAAAGAGUUUUCCCGAUAUUCACUGGUUCCAGUAAACCGUGUAAGCCUCUUUGACACCAAUAUCAGAGCAACACAUUACAGUUUUUCUCCAUUGGUUUGGCUCAAUUCUUGAAACAGAAAUUACAUUCUCAAAGCUCUUAAUGCAUUUGGUAAAAUAGCCUAUAUGGUUCAUCACAACUACAUAGAUCACCUUCAAAAGGUCAUAUCUCACCCAAAACAGUUAACUCAAGCUUCAAAACCAAAUCAUUUUCUCAUAAAAAUAGUCAGUGCCCCCAAUUGAAAACUUCCUUCUCGAUUGCUGUGGCUCAUCUAUCUCUCGAAAAAACGACAUUCUCAAAGCUUUAAAUACAUUUGCCAAAAUAACCUAGAUGGUUUAGCAAAACACUAUGGCACACCUGCAAAAUGUCAUAUCUCUCCCAAAACAGACAACUCAUCAGUCACAACGAAUUCCUUUUCUCAUACAAACAGUCAGUGCCCCCAAAAUGAAAAGUCCUUUUGUCAUUGUUUAAACACUGCAGGUCAAAAUGUUUAGUUGUUUUGUCACUAUGGCAGAGGACCAUUGAAAUCCCACAUGUCCACCAGUCUUAGCCCAGUCCUUCAUUGACAAUGGUUACUGUACUGUUUUUUUUGUCUAGCUAACAGAAUAAAAUAGGAUUUUAGGGUAAGAUUAGCCUCCAAGGUUUGACAUCACACAUUGCACUCAUACUACCGGAAAUUGUAAUUGCAAUUAUCAUUCACAAACAUAAAAUAACUUCCAUACAUCAGAGUAAAAAGCAGCAUAAUAUACUGUAAAAUAAACACAGAAACAAAAACCAAUGUAAAUUAUAUGCAUCCUACAGUGCUGUAAAUAAAGCCGGUCAAAGAAUAGAUAAAAUAAAGUUCUAGUUUCACCUAACUGUCAAUUGUUGUAAUACUGUGAAUUUAUCAAAUGUUAUUCAUGGUAUUAUGUUCUUGAGUAAUUUUGACAAUUGAACAGACUAUUGUGCAUGUGAUGACUUAUACAAUGAAAAUACGCUGAGACGUUUUGGAGCGAAAAACAAUUAGACUGAGAAUCAACAAUCAGUUUAGAUCCACAAGAUCUAUUCACUUGGAAAUUGUGCUAAACGUAGGCUACAUGUACUUAAUCCUUUGCAAAGAUGUACUAAGACAUUGAGACAUGUACUUAGACAUUUACAAUUUAACCAAAUGAAUGAGAAAUUCAAUUCUGUAUUGAGAAAUUGCUAAGUUGUUUGGAGGUUUGUCCAUGUUGUUUUGAGAAUGUCAUUUCUGUUUCAAAAAAUGAGCCAAACCAAUGGAGAAAAACUGUAACAUAGAAAGAGAAAAUGGGGUGGGAGAUAUGUGUGAUCUCCGAUGUUUUUUAAACCCUGAAUCCACACUCUUCUCCCUUGUCACUGAGUUCUGUCUUUGUCUCCGUCUCGCCUCUUGUCCCCCUCUCAGUGUUUGGAUCAGCGGCAGCAGCAAUGGAUCGAGUGAGGUCUGCAUUCAACAGCAUGGUCAAGAGUGAGCGCUACAGCCGGUUCACUCUGCAGCCGGCCGAGGACGGAGAGAGACACGCCGAGGUCAAGCUGUCGGACGACGCGGAGGACUCGGCGGGCGGGUCGCCGAGCUUCAGGCCGCCGCCUCGGCUCCAGCGGCGGAGCACCGUCUGCUACCUGGCCCUGGGGACCCUGCUGAUAUUCGUCACCGGCUACAUGCUCGGUUACCUCAGCCACCGCAACACCCAGGCGGAGCAACGGGCCUGCGGCAGCGAGCCGGAGGCGGACGCCGGUCUGGAGGCGACGGCGGCCCCCGCCGAGGAUGAACCACAGCCGGGCGCUCAGAUGGACUGGGGGGACGUCACCCGGCUCCUCACUGAGAAACUCACCGCCCAGGCCCUUGGCAAGACUCUGAGUGACUACGAUGACCCCAGACGCUCGGCAGGGAGUGUCGAGGACACAAACCUGGCGAACCGCAUAUUUGACGACUUCAAGAAAGUGGAGAUGAAUCCCUGGACUGACAUCCACUACGUCCAGCUGCAGACGCCAGACAGCCUGCGUCCAAACCGCGUCAGUUUUGGCGCCGACGUCUUCGAGCCGACGGGGUACCUGGCCUACAGUGCUACCGGGAAAGUACAGGGCAAGCUGGUGUACGGCAACUACGGCCGGCCGCAGGAUCUGGAAGUUCUGCAGAACAAGAAGGUCGCCCUGAGGGACAGCGUGUUGCUCCUCCGAGCCGGACAGAUCAGUUUUGCGGAGCAGGUGGACAACGCCGCCACGAAGGGAGCCGCUGCUGUUCUUAUCUACCCCGACGCUCAGGAUUACAAGUACCUACAGGACACCGCCCUCUACGGCCACGUCCACCUGGGUUCCGGCGAUCCCUACACGCCCGGAUUCCCCUCCUUCAACCACACGCAGUUCCCCCCGACCAAGUCGUCCGGUCUCCCCAAAAUCCCAGCGCAGACCAUCACCGCCAAGAUGGCUUCAGCUCUUCUACAGGGAAUCGGUGGCCCCGAAUCGGAUGCCAGCAGCGGGUUUAAAGGCGGCCUGCCGGGCACUUACAGACUGGGAGGCGGGGAGAACGUCUCCGUCGAGGUCAACAACGUCCUGGUCAACAAGGAGAUCCACAACGUGUUCGGAGUCAUCAAAGGAUUUGUGGAUCCCGACGAGUACGUGGUUCUGGGGGCCCAGAGGGACGCCUGGGGCCGGGGUUACGCCAAAGCCACAGUCGGCACCUCAGUGUUGAUCGAGCUGGCCAAGGCUGUCAGCGAGAUGGUGGAGAAAGAUGGGUUCAGACCGAGGAGAAGCCUUGUGUUUGCGAGCUGGAGCGCUGGAGAGUACGGAAGUGUCGGCGCCACCGAGUGGUUGGAGGCGUAUAUGUCCUCUAUUGACAAGCGCGUCGUCACCUACAUCAGCCUGGACGGGGUCGUCAUGGGUCGCGGGAGCUUUGUGGCGUCGGCGAGUCCGCUGCUCUACAGCCUCCUGGAGAACACGAUGAAAGGGGUGAAGAGCUCCGAAGGCUCCGUGUACGAGAUGAUGGGAAGGAGUAACUGGGAGGCCAAGACAAUGAGGCCAAUGUCCAUCGACGACCCUGCAUAUCCCUUCCUGGCCUUCUCUGGAAUUCCCUCAGUCUCUUUCCACUUCAUCUCUCCGAACACUGAAGCCUACAUGUACUACGGCACUGACCUCGACCACAUGGAUCACCUGGGGUACCAAACCAACCACCGCAUCGGCGAAACGGCGGCGCUGGCGGCGCGGUUCGCCGGCCAGAUGGCUCUGCGGCUGGUCCACGACCGCCUGCUCCGCCUGGAUGUGAGCGGCUACAACGCCGUCCUCACCAAGGCCGUGGCCCAGGUCUACAGGCGCAUCAACCAGCUCGUACAGUCCGGGCAGCUGAAGGGCGUGAAUCCCACCUGGUUGAACCGCGCCCGCGGCUCCUUCCAGCGCGCCGCCAGCAGCAUCAACCGCGACGUCCGCAACAGCAACUUGGACGACAAGGAAGUCUGUCGGAUCCUCAACGGGAGGAUCAUGAAUGUGGAGCACGCCCUCCUCUCGCCGUACGUGUCCCCCGUUGAGACUCCCUUCCGUCACCUCCUGCUGGGCCGGGGCCCCCACACUUUGGCGUCCAUCGCCGAGACCACCGACAUGGAGCAGCUCCACACGCAGCUGGCUCUGGCCACCUGGAACCUGCAGGGAUGUGCCAACGCCAUGGUGGGGAACAUCUGGGACCUCGACCAAGAGAUCUAAAGACAAGCUGGGGAGUUGUGUGUGUGUGUGCGUGUGUGUGUGUGUAAUUUGAGGUAAGCAGAGGGAGGAGCAACAAUAUCAGCACUUAAACAUGAGUUGUCAAUCAGAGGUUGAAGCCCCGCCCUUCUAUAAACAGGCCGAACCCCACAAAGAUCGAGGAGGAGAUGGAAAAGGAUAAAAUGCACUUGACUCCAAAGCAACUUAGCGAUUUGAAGAAAAAUGUUCGCUACUGACAAACCUGCCUCCUCCUCCACGUCCAAACAGGGCUGCGGCCUCUCGCCAUAACACUGGGAAACCUUAUUUAUACUUUUUUAUUUAUACUUUUAUUUAUCAGUGGCAGUGCCUACUAUAAAGUUGUUGUGUCUUUUUAUACGACGUUAUCGGAAGCAGUGCCUUCCAUAAUUAUGACGGUUAUACCGUCUCAUCUUCCGGCAGCAUCUGCUACAAAGAAAUUUCUCGUUUUUGGCGUAUAUUACAGCUUGAAUAUGACAUUAAACAUUAAACUCUAUAUAUUUAAAACUCAUUAAAGGGGACGAAUGUGGGGUAGAAAAUAGUUAUACAGAAUGGUAAGGAUAUUUGUAAAAUAUCCAACAAAAUCAGAAAUUGUCACUUGAUUUAAUCAGCACUUAGUAGCAAAAUAGAUGAAUCUUGGGGGUGAAAAAGUUCAAUGGAGAAUGCACAAAAAGAAAUUAAACCCCAUUAUCUUUUGGAACAAAAACUGAUCUGAUUGGUUCCAUGAUUUGCAAGAAAGCCAUUUAAGUUGCAGUGUCUCAUGAUGAAAACACAACUCCCAUGAUGAGAGCACGUUAUCGGGAGCAGUGCCUCCCAUGAUGAGAGCACGUCAUCGGGAGCCGUGUCUCCCAUGAUGAGAGCACGUUAUCGGGAGCAGUGUCUUCCAUGAUGAGAGCACGUCAUCGGGAGCAGUGUCUUCCAUAAUCCAAACCCAUUAUCGGGAGCAGUGCCUCCCAUGAUGCAAAGCAGUGAUGGUAGUUUUUGCCUACCAGUGUGUGUGCGUUUUCUUUUGUGUGUGUGUGUGUGUGUAUUUAUCGGGAGCAGUGUCUUCCAUAUUUCACUUGGAAGAGUGGAACAACUUAUCGGGGACAGUGUUUCCCAGAGUUUUAUACUUGACAUUUUUCGUUGUCAUUUUUGCAUUAUGUGUGUGAGCUUAAUAUUAGUUUCAUUUUUUUUUCUUUUUCUUACGUUUCUGUUUUACGUUUCAACUUUUCGGUGACAGUUUGUUAGAUUUCAUUUUUGUUUGUGUCACAAACAUUAUACCCCACAUUAUGUGACAAGCAACAAGCCGCAUGUUGGUCACUAAAAAUCACUCCGCAAAUGCGUUCCCUCUUCACUGCAUGUUACUGUAUUGCGUUAAUGAAGUGUAGCUCAAAAGACUCGGCGUGUUACAAACUUUUCUCAAGAAUUAGGGUUCGACCAUUAUGUUUGUGUUGAUUUGUUGUUUUUAGUUACAAAAUGUUUUUGUACCCAAGCUGCUUUUGCGGUUUAUUUAUUUGAGCAUUUUGUUCCAACAAGUUUAACUGUUUUUCCCAGAACGAGAGUAAUUUAAAAAGAGAAGGAAAAUACAACCUAAAUUUGUUUUCGACCUGAACACAGUGAGUAAAUAUGUUUGAGGUUGAAUGUGGCAAAAAAAUAAGUGAGUAAAAUCCACUUUUAUUAAACAACUUGACACUCGAGACCCAAGCAAAAUUCAAUGGUUUUUCUUCUCCUGGUGUCACUUCUUUUGUGCUUCACGCUAUUAUCUCCGGCUUCUAUUGUCCUACAGGAAGUUACAAGAAUGAAAAGUUACUUAAUACCGAGAGGGGAAACUGAGGUUACGCAUUAGAUUUCCUGCUGACCGGGCAACUGUUUUUCAGAUCAUAUUUCUGUAAUCGCCAUCUUCAGUAGAAAAGUGUAAUAAAACCUUUUUGGCUCUGCA